AUGGGCGCCGAACAGAGUGGCCAAGUCAGGGCAGCCCUGGACGGGGCCGAGGCGGAGGGGUCAGAAGGAAGGGCGGACGCCACCCAGCUGUGGAAGCUGGACAAGGCCAGGGAGGGCUUCCGGUGGCUCCUGGUGGCGUCGCCCGCCCCCCACGCCUUCUACGACGCCAACGAGGACUACGAAGAGCGAGAGAGGGCGUGGCACCUAGAAGUGGACGCCGGCGACAUCGACGAGCGCGUGGACGCCACCCUGAGGCUCAAUGCGGAACGAUCGUCCCUCUACGUGACCUUCAUCGCCCGGGAGGUCUGGCGCCUGUCCUUUCCCACGGAAGGCGAGUUCAGGGCCUUCUGCGCCGCGUACCAGAGGAAGCUGUUCGAGAACACGUACGGCGUGGAGGACUCCAGGAAGAACAGGGAGGCGGUGCUGGGUGCGGACUACGCGGGGCGGAUGUACGGCGAGGGGGAGGCGGAGGAGAUGGACUGGGACGAGGAGGAGGAUGGGGCCAGCGUGGCCAGCGAUGCAAGCCUCGAGAAGCAGAGGGACGGACAGCGUGCAAUAGAGAAGGCAGGCAGCCCCAUCUCACUGAUGAAGAUGGGAAUUGGUGCCAACAGCUUCUACAUGGCAGGCCCCAGCGUGUCUGUGCUGCGAAACAUGGAGGGCCGAGUGCAGGACAAAGCUGUGUCCUUCAGUCUAGAGAGCCCCAGCGGUGAAAAUAUAACACCAGUGAAGGCCAUCCUGGCUCAGGGCGAGAAGAAAAUGAACAUACUUGGGAAGGAGAGGACCAGCACUGUGUACAACGCUGACAUUGAGACGGGUAAGGUGGUUGCCGAAUGGGAGUUCCAGAAAGAUGGCGUGGAUGUUCCGAUGAAGGAGAUCACGACAGAGGCCAAGGGUGCCCAAGCUGACGAUAGGUCAACCUUCCUGGGCCUGGACACCAACCGCCUGUGCCGCUGGGAUCUAAGGGAUCCUCACGGCGUGGUGCAGGAGAUGACAAAAGAUGCGAUUGUGGAGUAUGUGGGCGGCAAGGACUAUGCCAGUGGAACUGGAACUAAGUUCACGUGCAUGGCCACCUCGGGGGACGGCUCGGUGGCUGUGGGGUCUGCGGACGGCAAGAUUCGGCUGUACAGCAACAACCUGAAGCUGACGCGCGCGGCCACUCAGCUACCACCCCUGGGGCCUGGAAUCACGGAGCUGGACGUGUCCUGCGAUGGCAAGUGGGUGAUCGGCACGACAGACCAGUUCUUGGUGCUGUUGAAGACGACCAGCAAGGAUCCCAAGACUGGGCAGAUGGUGGACGGUUUCAAGAAAUCCAUCGCACCCAUAUCUGCUCGCCCCAAGCUUCUUGCACUCAAGCCAGAAGAUGCGGUGCUGCUGGGAAGAAAACCACUGCGUCAUGGAAGGUUCACAUUCGUAACGGAGAGCGGCCACCAGGAGCGGUGGAUCGUGGCCUCCUGCGGCAACUACUCCAUCCUUUGGAACUUCAGGCAGGCCAAGACCAGCAAAGGGGACAGCACGUCCCACGGCGGCCUGCAGACAAUCACAAAGUAUCACCUUGUCUCGCAAGCGGAAGACGUCGUCGACUCGCAGUUCAUGCAUGAAAACUAUGCCGCAGACAGGCUCGGCCAGCAGUCCUCACUCGUGGUCGCGACGAAGAACAAGCUGCUGUCAUAG